AUGUUCAUCCUUUCUGUUUAUUUUCCACCCAUUACAGUGUUGCUAGUGGUGGCGUUGCUCCUAUCGUAUGCCCUCGUGUCGAGGGCGGAUUCUUCGGGAAGCGAACGUAGAUCACCCGCCUUGAUCGAUUCCGGCGUGCGAGCUGGGUCACGGUUACCGGUUGUUCCGACGGUGGCACCCAAGGUGACCAAGCUACGUCCGGUUGGGAAGCAGCGCCCGGCCGAGGAAGAGGACGACGACGAUGACGACGAUGAUGAUGAUGAUGAUGAUGAGGAUUACUUUGACUUCGGGCUGGACGACGAUGAUGACGAUGAUGAUGAGGACGAAGACGACGAGGAGGAAGCAGAGGAGGAGCUGGAGCAAGAACCACCUACACCCGUAAAACCGACGAUUGAGACGAGCACGGUGCGAGCUCGAUUGCUCUCGGAUGCAGCCUUCAACAAGCUGUCUGAGACGCUGGGUGCGCUUAAUACGGUCGGACGGUACAUCGUGAACAUCACCAAGGGUCAGGAGGCGAGUGCCAUCACUCAGGUUGACCCCGGGACGAAGGAAACCGUCCCGGAAGCGCUGCUGACGCUCACAAAAACGAUGCUUGGUCAGAACAUUACCAAAUCGAUUGAACCACUGAUCAAGCGCGUUGGUGCAGGUGAUCAGAACACCUCCAUUUCCGUAGCUCCACCGGUGGGUGGUGUGUCCUUGAGUUCCACUCCAGGACCAGCCCUUGUGACGUCGCCAUCGAUCUUGAUUGGGGACGUCGAAUCGCAGGUCGUAGCUCAACGGAAGGAAGACAACGAGCUCACGCUUGCGGGGGUCUCGAACGGGUCGGCUGAUGGGCCGGGCGCGGGUGGAGCCGUGUCUGAGCAGAAGAAGAAGAAGAAAAAGAAGAAGAAGAACAAGGUGAAGCGAAAGGAUCCGGCCCACCAGGAGACACGUCUAACGACGACGACGACAACAACCCGACGACCGGAACCAGCCCCUAGCAAUAAAAUCGUCGAGUCGACGAAGGACGUCGAGAAUCGUUGCCGCACACCGGACGGACGACCUGGUAGAUGUGAGGAUCUCAGUACCUGCCCAGGACUUCUGCUGGACCUGAGCCAUCUGCGUGAGUCACUGUGCUUCAAAAGCCUGUUCGUGCCCGGAGUAUGUUGUCCUAUUAGCACGUCCACGAGCAGCAGUACGGUGUUAACGACUACACGGCCACGACCACCACCAACACUACAGUCGGUUUCGAGUCUGGUCCUGAGUCCGGUCGUGAAACCCACCACCACGACCACAACAACGACAGUCGCUCCAAGCAAACGACCUCUAGUUCCGGUUUACACGGUGGGCCCGGCCGAAUCGGAAGGUGUCCUGUCGGCGACCCUCAAGCCGAUCGACAACAUUGUCGAUCCGGAUGACUGCGGUCAGCAGGAGUACUCUUCAGGGCGGAUUGUGGGUGGUAUUGAGGCACCCACCGGUCAGUGGCCCUGGAUGGCGGCCAUCUUCCUGCACGGCACGAAACGCACCGAAUUCUGGUGUGGUGGAUCGCUGAUCGGCACGCGGUACAUCCUGACAGCGGCUCACUGCACGAGGGAUUCCCGGCAACGUCCGUUCGCAGCUCGUCAGUUCACGGUUCGGUUGGGUGACAUCGAUCUGUCUACGGAUGGGGAACCUUCGGCACCGGUCACGUACAAGGUGACGGAGGUGCGUGCCCAUCCGCGGUUCUCGCGGGUUGGGUUUUACAACGACAUAGCGCUGCUUGUGCUUGACAAGCCGGUCCGGAAGUCGAAGUACGUCAUACCGGUGUGCCUGCCGGGGCCGAAUUUGCCUUCGAAGGAUCGGCUAGCAGGUCGUCGGGCUACAGUCGUUGGCUGGGGCACGACUUAUUACGGUGGAAAGGAGUCAACGAAGCAGCAACAGGCGACACUACCGGUUUGGCGUAACGAGGACUGCAACCGGGCGUACUUCCAGCCCAUCACGGACAACUUCGUGUGCGCCGGGUUCUCUGAGGGUGGCGUCGAUGCCUGCCAGGGUGAUUCGGGCGGUCCGCUCAUGAUGCUGGUUGAAGCCCGCUGGACCCAGCUAGGGGUCGUGUCGUUCGGCAACAAGUGCGGAGAACCGGGAUAUCCUGGAGUUUACACCCGCAUUAGCGAGUACAUGGAGUGGAUACGCGAGAACACGAAGAAAUGA